UUUAUUUUAAUUCUCCCUCUCUUGCUAGCAAUCUGUGGACUUGGCAUCUGACUGGUGCGGCAAGGAAGGAGGCUGGUAGGCAAGCGCUACUGUGCCCAACCCGGAGGUGCCUCUUCGCAGUCUUCAGGAGCAAGUCCCCCAUUCCAGCUCCUCUGGCAGGGUAUGGAGUUACCUGCGUCCGGGGCAGGAAACCAUGAAUGUGCCCUUCUGCCCCCUUGCCUUUCUGCCACUCUUUGAGUUCCCGUCCUUAAUUGAAGAGCCAGUGACUAUUGGCUGAAGUUCCCCCAACGAUUUGCAUGAACGGAGAGGGAGUGUCUUCUGCCGCCCUCCCUUCAAGAGCUCUCUGACUGCAGCCUCCCAGGGAAUGCGCGGCCGAGGGAAUGCGCGCAGCUCGCGGGCGCUGGGAGUGAGCUGGUGUCCGGAGACUUGGCACCCGUGCCUGGAUAUGGGGCGUCUACAUCGUCCCAGGAGCAGCGCCAGCCACAGGAACCUGCCGCAUCUGUUUCUGUUUUUCCUCUUCGUGGGACCCUUCAGCUGCCUCGCGAGUUACAGCCGGGCCACCGAGCUUCUGUACAGCCUAAACGAGGGACUGCCCGCGGGGGUGCUCAUCGGCAGCCUGGCCGAGGACCUGCGGCUGCUGCCCCGGUCUGCAGGGAGGCCGGACCCGCAGUCGCAGCUGCCAGAGCGCACCGGUGCUGAGUGGAACCCCCCUCUCUCCUUCAGCCUGGCCUCCCGGGGACUGAGUGGCCAGUACGUGACCCUAGACAACCGCUCUGGGGAGCUGCACACUUCAGCUCAGGAGAUCGACAGGGAGGCCCUGUGUCUUGAAGGGGGCGGAGGGACUGCGUGGGGCGGCAGCGUUUCCAUCUCCUCUUCUCCUUUUUCUGACUCUUGUCUUUUGCUGCUGGAUGUGCUUGUCCUGCCUCAGGAAUACUUCAGGUUUGUGAAGGUGAAGAUCGCCAUCAGAGACAUCAAUGACAACGCCCCGCAGUUCCCUGUUUCCCAGAUCUCGGUGUGGGUCCCGGAAAAUGCACCUGUAAACACCCGACUGGCCAUAGAGCAUCCUGCUGUGGACCCAGAUGUAGGCAUUAAUGGGGUACAGACCUAUCGCUUACUGGACUACCAUGGUAUGUUCACCCUGGACGUGGAGGAGAAUGAGAAUGGGGAGCGCACCCCCUACCUAAUUGUCAUGGGUGCUUUGGACAGGGAAACCCAGGACCAGUAUGUGAGCAUCAUCAUAGCUGAGGAUGGUGGGUCUCCACCACUUUUGGGCAGUGCCACUCUCACCAUUGGCAUAAGUGACAUUAAUGACAAUUGCCCUCUCUUCACAGACUCACAAAUCAAUGUCACUGUGUAUGGGAAUGCUACAGUGGGUACCCCAAUUGCAGCUGUCCAGGCUGUGGAUAAAGACUUGGGGACCAAUGCUCGAAUUACUUAUUCUUACAGUCAGAAAGUUCCACAAGCAUCUAAGGAUUUAUUUCACCUGGAUGAAAACACUGGCGUCAUUAAACUUUUCAGUAAGAUUGGAGGAAGUGUUCUGCAGUCCCACAAGCUCACCAUCCUUGCUAAUGGACCAGGCUGCAUCCCUGCUGUAAUCACUGCUCUUGUGUCCAUUAUCAAAGUUAUUUUCAGACCCCCUGAAAUUGUCCCUCGUUACAUAGCAAACGAGAUAGAUGGUGUUGUUUAUCUGAAAGAACUGGAACCCGUUAACACUCCCAUUGCGUUUUUCACCGUAAGAGAUCCAGAAGGUAAAUACAAGGUUAACUGCUACCUGGAUGGUGAAGGGCCGUUUAGGUUAUCACCUUACAAACCGUACAAUAAUGAAUAUUUACUAGAGACCACGAGACCUAUGGACUAUGAGCUACAGCAGUUCUAUGAAGUAGCUGUGGUGGCUUGGAACUCCGAGGGAUUUCAUGUCAAAAGAGUCAUUAAAGUGCAACUUUUAGAUGACAAUGAUAAUGCUCCAAUUUUCCUUCAACCCUUGAUAGAACUAACCAUCGAAGAAAACAACUCACCCAAUGCCUUUUUGACGAAGCUGUAUGCUACAGAUGCUGACAGUGGGGAGAGAGGCCAAGUUUCAUAUUUUCUGGGACCUGAUGCUCCAUCAUAUUUUUCCUUAGACAGUGUCACAGGAAUUCUGACAGUUUCUACUCAGCUGGACCGAGAAGAGAAAGAAAAGUACAGAUACACUGUCAGAGCUGUUGACUGUGGUAAGCCACCCAGAGAAUCAGUAGCCACUGUGGCCCUCACAGUGUUGGAUAAAAAUGACAACAGUCCUCGGUUUAUCAACAAGGACUUCAGCUUUUUUGUGCCUGAAAACUUUCCAGGCUAUGGUGAGAUAGGAGUAAUUAGUGUAACAGAUGCUGAUGCUGGGCGAAAUGGAUGGGUCGCCCUCUCUGUGGUGAACCAGAGUGAUAUUUUUGUCAUAGACACAGGAAAGGGUAUGCUGAGGGCUAAAGUCUCUUUAGACAGAGAGCAGCAAAGCUCCUAUACUUUGUGGGUUGAAGCUGUUGAUGGGGGUGAGCCUGCCCUCUCUUCUACAGCAAAAAUCACAAUUCUCCUUCUAGAUAUCAAUGACAACCCUCCUCUGGUUUUAUUUCCUCAGUCUAAUAUGUCUUAUCUGUUAGUACUGCCUUCUACUCUCCCAGGCUCCCCAGUUACAGAAGUCUAUGCUGUCGACAAAGACACAGGCAUGAAUGCUGUCAUAGCUUACAGCAUCAUAGGGAGAAGAGGUCCUAGGCCUGAGUCCUUCAGGAUUGACCCUAAAACUGGCAACAUUACUUUGGAAGAGGCAUUGCUGCAGACAGAUUAUGGGCUCCAUCGCUUACUGGUGAAAGUGAGUGAUCAUGGUUAUCCUGAGCCUCUCCACUCCACGGUCAUGGUGAACCUAUUUGUCAAUGACACUGUCAGUAAUGAGAGUUACAUUGAGAGUCUUUUAAGAAAAGAACCACAGAUUAAUAUAGAGGAGAAAGAACCACAAAUCUCAAUAGAACCGACUCAUAGGAAGGUAGAAUCUGUGUCCUGUAUGCCCACCUUAGUAGCUCUGUCUGUAAUAAGCUUGGGUUCCAUCACACUGGUCACAGGGAUGGGCAUAUACAUCUGUUUAAGGAAAGGGGAAAAGCAUCCCAGGGAAGAUGAAAAUUUGGAAGUACAGAUUCCUCUGAAAGGAAAAAUUGACUUGCAUAUGCGAGAGAGAAAGCCAAUGGAUAUUUCUAAUAUUUGAUAUUUCAUGGUGGAAUGACACAGAGAAAUGUUUUAACUGACUUUGGAUCUUCAUCACCUGAAAAAGUGUGUUGAUGGCAGUUCCAAUGAAGGACGACUAAUUUAUAACUUGUUCUAUAUUGUAAAUAGCUGUUUACAGGUUUUUAAAUUUAAAUUCAGAGGUUAUAAAAUGUGUACAGCAUUUUUAAGUGAAAAUUAGUACUAACAGCUAUAGGACUGUUAUUUAAAAAAAAAAAAAAAAAGAGAGAAAAGCUUGGACAUGGUUUGCAGCUUUCAAACACCAAGCAGAUGAUUGAUAAAACCUGGGAGUAAGGUAAGAAAAUGGAACAAAUUUUUAUCUAAAAAUUCCUGUUACCACAAGAGGGCAUCAGCUGUUCCUUUGCAGGGAACUGAGGUAUUGUACUUGACAGUUGUACAUGAAAUUAAUGAAAGAGUAUAUUUUAAAUAUAUUGUUUUUAACAUUAAACAAAUAUGAAAUUAAAGUAAAUUAAAUUUCACCCUAUUUAAAUAUAUGAUAAAAAAGAAAUGCACUUGUAAACAGAAUGUUUAUUACCUCAUAAGUUCAUAUAUAGUUUGAAAGAGAAGGCAUUAAAAAGAAGUGCAAUUCCUUUUUAGCAAGGAUAAAAACAUUGCCUUGUGUUACAAAUUCGACCUGCUGAAGAGUAUUCCACUUUCUGUGUACUCGAAUUGCUUUCUGUUUGCUUUACCACUGCACUUGCUAUUAUUACAAGGGAAAUAGAGAUAUAUAUAUAUAUAUUCUUCGUUACAGAAAAUGUAACUAGUUAUUGUGCCCAAGAAAAACAGCCAGAAGCAAAGAAAUGCUUCAAUCCUUAGUUGCUUCAUAGGCAUUUAUGACAUUUUAGUGUUUUCACAACUUGUUGGUCGUACUUUAUACUUGGGUUAUAUAUUAGACUUUUAUAGGCUUAAAAUCAUCCAUCACAUAAAAAAAUAGAAAUCAUAUUAAAAGUGAAUUCUUCUAGAGGCUUGUGUACACUACUGGUUGUUUUAGUUGGGCCUUUUAUAUGAAAGUUACACUGUACUUAUCUUUUUGUUGUUGUUUAGGUUUGUUGGCUGCCAUUUCUGGCUUCCUUUCUUUGGUUUUGGAUUAAGUCCAACAGUUUAUUUGUAAGCCCUGCAGCAGAUUUCUUUGAUAAUUUAGCUUUUACUGAAUCUCUUGCAAUGAAGAAAGCUAUUUCAUCAGUGAUUUAUCACUUUCAAUUCAUUGUGUGAGCUGGAAAUAUUAUUUUAUAUGAGAGCUAUAGCAAAAUAAUCUGUAUAAACAAGGAAUGUGUUAGCUCAAACUGGAUCAUUUUACUUUUUGGCAUCAUGCAUCUGUACUGUACCAAAAGUGUUUAUAUGUCUGCAAAUUAAAGGUAUAUAUUUUCAUAA